GGCUGAAAGAAUUCCAGUGGAACUCGGAAGAGAAGCGACUGUUGUAUUCUAAAUCAAGAGAUAGAAAUGAAAUCGAAGAUCUAGACCCCUGGCUGCCAUGGAGUCCGAGGGGAAUGUGCUCCGCGUGGACUUCCCAAACUUCUCCGGAACCCUGCUGCAGAAGCUCAACCAGCAGCGGCAGAGGGGCCAGCUCUGUGACAUCAUCGUAGUCAUCCAGGGACACCAGUACCGUGCUCACCGGGCCAUCUUGGCCGCCAGUUCGCCCUACUUCUGCGACCAAGUACUCCUUAAAAACAGUGCCCGCUGCGUUUUACCUGACGUCAUGCACCCGUGCGUGUUCGAACGUCUCCUCCUCUCUUGCUACACGGGCACCCUGCACCUACCUGCCGGCGAGGUGGUAGCUUUCCUCACGGCAGCUAGCUUCCUCCAGAUGUGGCACGUGGUGGACAAAUGCACUGAGCUCUUAGAGGUGGUAGGAAGCGGCGCUAGCACAUUAGUGCACAAGUCUUCUGGUGGGCUGAGGGACAGGUCUUUCCCUGGGGACAGCAGUUACCACAGCCCUGGGGACGGCUCCAUGGGCCUGGAGGACGGCGGAGGAGGAGGAGCAGUAGAGGGCUUUGCCAAAAUGGAGAUGGACCAGCUCCUGGAGAACAGCUUCUCCCCACCCACUCUGGAGAAUAACAGCACCCAGCCCAGCGGAAGCUGCUCGCCACCGGUCGACCACGACGGCUCAGGUAGCGAGGUCGCCAGCCAGGAUGGGGAUGUUGAGGAGGGUGGCGAGGGGGACUAUCAGUACUCCAGACCGGCCUAUGUCCCGCCCAGCAUCAUGGGCCACAGGAAAUGGGUCCACGUAAAGUCAGAAAGGCGCGCAGAUUGCAGGGGCGACGGGUCCCUCUUUAUCGGGGACCCUGCGGUCACUGACUCUGAGCAGCUGAAACUUACCCACUCCCAGGCCUCGGCCAGCAGGAGCUCCCUGGACCACAGCAUUGAUGAGAAACCGGUGGUUCAGCUGGAGGAGAGCCUGGAGGAGGACCCUCUGGACUUCUACGGUACCUCCAUAGAGGGCUUCUCCACCGACAAGGCCGACGGGACACCGCUUGGACUGAAAGAUGACCUGCUAGAAAGGGCAACCGGGGUUGAGGAGAGUGGUGGUGGGGGAGAAAGAACCCCUGGUGGUCUCCAGGAAGAGACCUCCCACUCGGGCUUCGCCUCAGUGGUCUACAAGCUGUACCCCUGCCAGUGUGGCAAGAGCUUCACCCACAAGAGCCAGCGGGACCGGCACAUGAGCAUGCACCUGGGCUUGCGGCCGUACGGCUGCGCCGUGUGUGGCAAAAGUUUCAAGAUGAAGCAUCACCUGGUCGGCCACAUGAAGAUUCACACGGGCGUCAAGCCCUACGAGUGCAGCCUGUGCGCCAAACGCUUCAUGUGGCGGGACAGCUUCAACCGUCACACGUCCUCCUGCACCAGGGUCCAUCAGGCCCGGUGCGCCGUCAACGAGCAGGCCGCCCAGAUCUGCUGAUCCCAGAUGUUAUUUCCAAACCACCAUUCACCUCGUCUCCCCCCACCACUAUCCCAUAUCAGUUUCACUGAACAGGCUGCUCAGAUGUGCCUGUCCCGAGAUCAGAUUAAGACAGUGCUGCUUGGAUGACCACCUUCCAAUCAGUUUAGCUGGAUUUAGAAUUAUAUAUCCGAGCAGCGGCCUGAGCCACCGACGCAUUACAUAUAACUUAUCCAAGAUCAGAAUCCUGGAAAGCUUUGUAGUCUAGUCAGAUCUGAUUGUGUGGAAUCAGAACCUUAGGUUUUGCGGUGUGUGGACGGCUAUACACUGCAUUCUGAAAGUAUUCAGACCCCUUGACUUGUUAUGUUUCAGCCUUAUUCUAAAAUGUAUUAAAUAGUUUUAUUCCUCAUCAAUUUACA